AAAAAAAUGCCCGAGUCCUCGUUGACGCUGGCGGAGCGCCGCCGUUUGCGCAAGUGCGAGAGCACGCAGCGUUGGCGCAGCAAGAAGAAGGACAACGUCGCGGCGCUCCACGCCACCGUCGCCGCGCUCGAGGACCGCGUGGCCGAGCUCCGGCUAGAGCGCGCAGGCGAUAUCCACGCGCUUCGCUUUGACGCGCUCUUGGAGACCAAGAACAAGCUUCUUCAGUACAACCGAGCGCUGCGCGAAGCCAUCAACCGGCGCUCUGCACUACCACGCACCAUCGCGCGUUGCAUGGCGGCGUGCCGGCUCGACGACACACGCAUCUUCCACGACGAUUUCUUUGUUCUCGGCCAACUCCAAGCCGCAAUGCGCCUCGUCGCAGCCCACGUGCCGUUGGCCUUUGCGAGUCCGACGGCCGAGACGAUCCUAGUACAACGCAGCGGGUGGGCCCUCCACGGCGUGUGCCAUGACGGCCGCCUCGUCACGCGCUGCGAGAAAGCCAUCUACGUGCCAUCGACCGACGAAAGCGUCCAGGCCAUCGGCGCGCGAUUCUGGGCGAUGCGCAAUCGCGAAGACAUGUAUUUGCAGCUGUGCGCCAACGCGACGAGCUUCCAGGUGCUACGGGAACUGCGUGACGGUCUCAGCGUCGCACAGACCGUCCCAAAGAGCGUCAUGGCACCGCGCUUCCUCAUCCAGAGUCUCGUGCAUGUCCGCGAUGGCUUUGACCACACGCUCAUCUUUCUCUCGCCCGACUUGAGUCGCAUGACGGCGGCAGUCGAGCUGCAGUAUCGCUUGCAGAACGGCUGCCUCGUCGCGCAAGUCCACGCUGUUCAACAAAACGCCAACAAGGACAUUGACAUUGACGCGGCCUCUGCGCUGCAUCUCUUGACCUACGUGGCAAGCGAGCUCAGCGAGAUGGAGCGCUUGAUCCGGCCCGUUGCGUAGCGUUGCGACUCAUCAUAACUUCUUCGUUCUCCCUAAUGUUACCUUGCGUUUAUGUGUUUAUACUAGCAUCGAUAAGGUCGGCCUCCC